CUCGUUUAGUCAGUUGUAACAUGGAGCCUCUAGUUUUUCUCGUUAUAGCAAUGGUGUUUUUCAGUGUCACUACCUCUCUGGGAGAAGUGCACGAUGCUUGUGAGCAACGAAUACCGAAAGAUCUUGCACCUGCUGUAACGAGUUGCUGUCGAGAUACUUCCGAUUAUGAUGCGGUUACAAUAGAAAUUUGCGCAAAGGAAACGCAAAAGUUAUUCUAUCGCGAUUGGCCUGCGGUAAUAAUCCUUUGUGCGUUAGAAAAAUUGAACUGGAUCCAUCCCAACGGUACUAUCAACCCAGAAGGAAUUGCGAAGGAUAUUAAGCGUCGCGAAUAUGCCACAAACACCAAUCGUACCUCACCAAUAAUUGAUAUGAAGCGUGCAGCGCUGCAACACUGUGUUCCGAUGUUGAACGAAUUCAACAUGAAACAUCCUUCAGCCGGUGAUCCAGAGGAUACGGCAGUGUUGCUGUAUAUGUGCGGUAGACUAGGAGCCACGGUGGUGCGUCAAGCUUAUUACGACUCUGAGAUGCCUAAGAGUGAUGCAACCUAUUAGUCCGAUUUGCGUGAGAUAUCGAGAUUUACUGGAGCUCUGUGUCCAUGAUGUGGUCAACCUUGCAGCAUUCACAAACCGUAGUCAUAUAUACAAGGGCAACACUUAGGUGUUUGGAAAUAUAUCACAUAAUUUAUCAACUUCUGGCGCUACCAUUG